CGGGGCCCAGCGGACAAGGAUCGCCCGCUCGCUGCCAUAUAGGCCCCAAUGGGCCUAUAUGGCAGCGACCGGUUUGUUGUUUGCGGAUUCUGGAUUCUGCCCAGACUUCAGCAAUCGGGAUUCAGAGCCGUGAGGUGAGAUUUGCUCUCUGCUGCGUCUCGUGUCGUGUCGUCUGAUUCUGCUGCUUCUGCUUGGUCCCGAUUCCUCGCGAAAAGUGCGAAAGAGAAUUCUUGCUCUGCCCGAUCGCCUCCCGUCAGGGCUUGCGGCAGUGCCACCUCCGCCUGCGUCAGCACGCUCCUCUCUCGUGGGAAGAGCUGUGAGUGGUGGUCGCGCCUCCAAGACAUGAGCUCUCCCGCACGAAUGUCGAGAGCUUGCUCGAUUAGACGAGCAUUUCCGAGCCAUGUUCGGAGCCUCGUCGAUCGCGGCUCUGGAUUAGAGUUCUUGUAAUGGCCAGGGACAGCGCAGCGGCGUCGCCGGGUAUGGGUCCGGGGAAUUUCGAGCGCGGAAUCUGUGUCGUUGAAUCGAGUGCGGAGGUUGCAGUAAGCGCGCCUUUGCCGAGUAGAGAGUCGGGCAUGUUGGAGAAUGCACCCCACGUACCGAGUGGAGCUACUGUCUACUACUCUCCCCUUCCUGCAGGAGGCAAGGAGAGGACGGUUUUCCAGAAAUGGAAGGACAAUUGGCUUCGGAUGGAUUUGCUGAUUUUCUGGACUCUUUUAGGAGUUGGAGUCGGGAUAGCUGUCGGUCUGGGGCUUUAUCGAGCAAAUGUUUCUACGGUCGUGAUUGAUCUUAUAGGUUACCCGGGAGAAUUGAUGAUACGGGCUCUGCAGGAGCUCAUCUUGCCCCUGAUUGUAUUUGCCUUAAUGACCGGUGUCCUCAAUUUAAGACACAAUUCUGGCGGAAUUGCGCGCAUAAUCAGAUGGUCUUUGAGCUACUACAUUCUGUCGAUGCUACUGGCUGUGGGCGUUGGGAUUGCCUUGGUUGAGUUGAUUAGACCUGGUAACGAGACAACUUUUAGCUCUACUGUUGAUGGCGCUCAUUCCUGCGGCGGGAAGAAUACUACUACCGACGGAGUUUCAAAGUCCGACAGAACCGUUUUGGAAUCUCUUCUGAAUAUUGGACGAGAUGUUAUCCCUACAAACAUCGUGUCUGCAGCAGCAGAAGCCAAUUUUCUGGGAAUCAUCAUGUUCUCUGUUGUUUUUGCUUCAGCUCUCAGCACACUGGGUGAGGAGGCGGAACCAUUCAUCAGGUUCAUUGAGAUAUCCAACAAGGUCAUUCUGAAGAUUAUUCUGGCUGUCAUUGCCUUCACACCAGUCGGAGUGGCAUCUCUCAUUGCUAGCACAAUACUCAACGCUUGUAAUCUCGGCGGCCUGCUCAAAGCUUUGGGACUUUACGUGGGUACAGUACUGGCAGGCUUCUUUGUACACUCGUUGGUCGUUUUACCAACAACAUUGAUCAUCUUGUCAGGCCAAAAUCCGGUGAAAGCUUUCAGGGCUUUCUUUCCAGCUCUUGUCAUGGGCGUCGGAACGGCCUCUAGUGCAGCAACGAUGCCUGUGACCAUGAAAAAUGCCGAGGAUCAUGGGUGUGCCCCCGGGAUCGUUCAAUUUGUGAUUCCACUUGGGACCAAUAUUAACCGGGAUGGAGCAGCUUUGUAUGAAGCCGUUACAGUCAUAUUUAUCCUCCAGGCCCAUGGAGUGAGUAUGACAGCAGGAAACAUAUUAGUCGUUAUCAUCACAGCAACCCUGGCAGCCAUUGGAGCUGCAUCUGUACCAAACAGCGCGCUAGUAACUAUGAUUACUGUCUUACAGGCAUUGGGAUACCCUGAAUACAUCGAAGAUGUGGCUGUGCUGUAUGCUGUGGACUGGUUUCUGGGUAUGACACGGACUGCUGUAAAUAUAUGGGGAGAUGCCUGCGCAGUUGUUGUCGUCGAUAAUUGGAAUAAGAGAUACGAAAAGAAACAUGACAGGAUAUCAAGCUUUUCCACAAGACAAGCGAACGAAGACCUUCGAACUGUGAGGACGGAGGAGUAGCCAUGAUGAAAUACUCGAGAAGCGGGCAGCUCAUCAAACUCUUCGGCUUCAACUUGGUCUGUUGAUGCUGGUGAUUAAUAUACUUACCCUCCCGAGGUUAUGGGUACGUCAUCUCGUAUUGGAAACCUCUAGUGCCUUCAUGUGUAGAUAUAUAUAUUUUAAAAGCCUCCUCUUGUGGCGUCAACAGUGCAAGCAGUUCAGCAGCGGAAUGGAUCUGAUAACUCGCUGUUCGCGUGCAAGUGAGGAGAGAAAUCUGUCCGGUUCCUUUCAAAUCCAUGUAUCUCAUAUAUUACCGAGGGAAUAAAAGAUCAACUCACGGAAAAUAGAUAACUGCUCUCUUAAAUUUGAACCCUAAGGUCACUUGCCUGAAUCCUGAAUAUCCGCAGCACUAGUCUAUGAGGCUUACGUGGUACAAUCGAAACAUUGUUUGUUCUGCACGU